AAUAUACACAACACAUUUGGCCAAGCAUUUUAUUUUUUAUUCUGUUGCUGUGUGAACCCAGCAUGUGUAAUUUGUAAAGAAUGAUUUAUUACAUGAAUGUUGUCAAUUCUAGUUCGUUCAGUAUGUUGUGGGACUGCUGCUACUGAGUAUAUUUGCAUCUUUCUUUCUUUUUUUCCUCCAACAGUGGUUCUGAAGCACUGACUGCUCUUCUGUCACUUCUGCCUUUUAAGAUUCUGCAGUUUCUACUUUCAUCCCAGUUUUUCCUUCCAAGCCUUGAUUUGUUUCCUUCAAGCCCAGAUCUCUUUAGGUAUGUGGUCUGUUUCCUUAAUGAUUUCAUGAAUGGGGACUUCCUCCCAGAAUACCUCUCCCUUCAAAUCCCUCAUCAAAACUAGUUUCUUCUACAAAACUUACACUUAAUUCCUCACCCAUUAUUGAAAGUAAAGCUUAUUUUUGAAGAUCUAAACUCAAUGCAUGUUCUUUCAAUUAUCUCAAAUAUUUCCAACAGAACUUCACUAUGAAGUACAGUAAUAGAUAAGUACCCCUCAAAUGAAGUCACUACUGUUUUCUACUCAGACACCCCCUGCUUGCGAACAGAAGAACAACAUAACAAGUUCCAGCCCCAUUUUUAGGACGCUGUUCUGAUGUUCUACUUGGAAGGUGAUUUUAAGGCAGAACGUUCAAAGAAUCGACCCAGUGCCUGCAGGGCGAUCAAUCGCAUCCUUGAGCUCACAGCAGGACUUUCAUUCCAGGCGAGAGAAAAGCAGGGAAGGGGAAGAGACCUGAAGGUGAAAAAUAGGAGAAAUGGACUGGGAUAAGUUUGAAAUGAACCCUAGAGUGAUUGCAGCUAUUAAAAAAGCAAAUAUAACAUCAAUUAAAGACAUUUUCCAUCUUUCGGGAUCAGAUUUGCAAAGGUUAACAAAGCUAUCCAGGACAGAUGUACAAUAUCUACUAAGAACAAUUUCUAGUGCAUUGAGAAAAAACACUGUUCUUACAGCACUCCAGCUGUUUCAGAACAAAGCCCACAACACUUCCCGAGGCCAGAAGCUGAGUCUGGGCUGCCCAGUUCUAGAUGGCUUGCUCCGAGGUGGAAUUCCCCUUAUGGGAAUUACUGAAAUCGCUGGUGAGAGCUCUGCUGGAAAGACCCAGCUUGGUUUGCAGCUCUGCCUUUCUGUGCAAUAUCCAUACAAAUAUGGUGGACUAGAAUCUGGUGCAGUUUACAUUUGCACAGAAGAUGUUUUCCCUAAUAAACGCCUGCAGCAAUUGAUCGAGCAGCUGCCCAAACUGAGAAGUGACGUUCCAUCUGAGGUGAUGCAGAAGAUAAAAUUUGGAAAUGGAAUAUUUGUUGAACAUGCAGCAGACCUGGACACUUUCCAUGAUUGCAUUACUAAGAGACUUAGCUUACUGCUCUCCAGAGGUAUGGUGCGGCUAGUCAUUAUUGACUCUAUUGCUGCCUUAUUCAGAUGUGAAUUCAGCGCUAUGGAUUCUCUCCUGAAAGCCAAAUAUUUACAGGGAUUUGGGGCAAAACUUCACAGAUUAAGCUGCAGGUUCCAGACUCCCAUAAUAUGCAUUAAUCAGGUAACUGAUGCAGUGGAUGAGAGGGAAGACGUUGUUUGGGACGCUCAAAGCUGCCCAGCCAGGACUGUUAUUCCAGCACUUGGAAUAACUUGGUCUAAUCAGCUGUUGAUGAGAUUGAUGGUGUGUCGCACUGUACACCAAGCACAGAUUGCUGGAGAGACCUCGUAUAGUAGAAGUGAGCUGCGAAUGUUAAGAAUUAUUUUUGCUCCUCAUUUGCCCCAGCAUCUUUGCUACUAUACUGUAAAUUUGGAAGGUGUGAAAGGAAUAAGGAAAAUCAGCCAUAAUUAUGAAGAAAUGUAAAGCAGUACAUUUUUGCUGCUUUUCAGUAUAGAAUGGAGCUAUCACAUUAAAAAGCCUCAAUCUGUUCCUGCCAUUGUAUCAUCCUGCUUAUCUACCCUGUCUGCUCAGCAACGUUCUCAUGUUACUUGGAUUGUAUUCUUGGUGAAAGAACGGUAGCAAACAAUAAUUGGAACUCCAGUUUAGACUACAAAAACAGAACAAGAGGUAUCACACCAAAACAACAGUUUAUAAAAGAAUUCCCUUUAGGAGUAUAAACAGAUAUGUAACAACUGACAAAAUAAUGUUGAACUGAAUAAUCUUUGAAGCCAGGUAGGCUAUCUUUCUUGAAAGGAAAUUCUUGGAUGUCAGCAAUUAUAUUUAAAUGUAUUCAACACAGCACUAAGGUGCUGUUAUGACAGUGCUCAGGCUGAAGUAAUACUAACUUUGGGAUCCAUUUGAACUUGCUGCAGUCUUUUUAAGGUGGUGGGAUGCAGCUUACUAGGGUAGCUAGGGGAUUCUUUCCAUACUGGAUCCAAUAUUUACCUUUUAGGUGACCAAGCUGUUAAUUUUUUUUUUUAAAUUGCUGUUUUCCUUUAGCUUAUGAAAAAUAUAUUUAUAUUCUGCCUGUACACUAAAUGUGAAUUAUCAAUAACUUCCAUUGCAGUCUUUACAUAGGGGGGAAAAAUAAUGUGGUUUUCUAAAUUUCUAAAAAAAUACACAAGAAGUCCAAAAGAUGAAGACCUACUGCAUUAAGUCUUCAUGUCUCCUAUCUCAGGAAAAAAAGAUAAUAAGACUUAAGCAUCCACAG